AUGCAGCUGAAAGAAAAGAUCCGUAAAUGGAGUGAAAAAGUUCGCAAAUUAGGUUCGAAAGGGAGAGAUGGCACUGAAAACCUUACUGAUACAAGGAAUGAGGCUCAGGCAUCAAUCCCAAAACAACAACCCGAUGGGCGAGAGCAGGUUUUUGAUAAGCCCAAUGCAGCAGUGCAUGCAAAUCGAGAGGAACCGGAGUCGCAGCGACCAAAGUCGUAUCUGAGUUCUUCGGGCCUUCCGAAAGCUACAGGCUCCAAUAUGCAAGAAGCAAACAUGACCCAAAACACUACCCGAAAGGAAGUCAAAACUACGGCGACCGAUAUUCCUACCGUUACAAUUCGCACGCCAACAUUUCCCGACAUGGAGCAUGCUCGAACACUGCCCUUCCUGACGGACCACCUGAGUCCGACCUUGCCUUUUGAACGUGCUUCCUCCUCUUCGAGAAGCCCUCCCCCAUCUGUCGCGUCGGAGAAAUUAAUGGACGACAUCCUACCUCACAAAAUCAGUGCAAAGGUCACACUCACUUGGGAGCGACACUCCUGGAAGGACGAAACCAUAUUUGAUGAAUUCUCCUGGACCGACAAAGAUCAAUACGCAGAUCUUUUGCCGACGAAGAUGAGAGAGAAAUGCACAAGGGCCAAAAGAGAGCUGGAUGGUAAUAAAGUGUACCACCGUCACGGCUCAUGUCGAAUCAUUGCAUCAACAGAGCUCACUCCUGACAUGCCAUAUUGCAUCCUUGACAAUGACGAGAUUGCCACCUUGACCGACAACGUGAUCAUCCUUAUCUGCGGGUUUAUAAACACUCACCCACACCGAAAAUUCUCCCUAGAGAUCUGCUGGGAUUAUGGAUACGCUCGGGUGACGCCAGAGCCUGAACCAGAUGCUGGGCCAAAGCGUACAUACCACGCGAUGAUCAAAACGGAGCUGGGCAAGAAGGAAAACACAAAUUUUCGAAACCAGGAUUACAUCCCUCGCCGCGAUCAGAUGGUCUUUCAAGACUACGACGUGGUCAAAGACCUUGUUUUCCUUGACAAGUCUCUCAAGAAGCAGUCUGCAAAGAAGAAAUCUGAUAUGGUCAAGGAUAUAAUACAGCUACCGGCAUUGAAGCUGUUACUUAUUUGCGUCUACGCGGGUCACGACAUGGCCUAUCUCCAACACCUUCUUGAACACCACGGGUGUAGCGAUGAGAACCCGCCAGAACCAAUGGUCUGCAGUGUAGACUACUGUCGUGACAAUGUCAUUGAGAUCUCACGCCACAAAGCUAAGUUUUACGUGAAGAACAUCGAUGAAGACUUCCGACACCACGAGCUUAAGAUCAGUGAGGUCAUGCCGUUGCGCCACACUAGACCAGAAUCUGAACGGCUUGGGACAGGUACAUCUGGCAAGGUGUACAAGGUCUGGAUCGACCCUGCGCACCACUAUUUGGACGGAGAUCCAUUAUGUUGUUUUGCCGUGAAAGUAUUCUCUUCUGAACGCGAGAAGCAGUUCCGCCAGGAAAGGGCCAUGCUGAAAAUGCUCGCCGAUUACCCGCAUCAUUAUAUUGUUCCUCACAUUACGAGCUGGACUCAGUCGAAAGAGCAUUUCAUUUUGUACCCAGCAGCCAGGUAUAACCUAAAGACAUUCAUGACCAAUGUUUGGCCCGUAGACUUCACGCAACACGGAACACUGUGGUUCCUGCGGCAACUUCAAGGACUGGCUUUGGCGAUUGCGCACGUUCACAACUUGAAACACCCGACAAACAGCGAGCCAGACCCAGAAGUUGAUGCUUACUGGGGAUGCCAUUUUGACAUCAAACCUGAAAAUAUUCUAGUGUUUGAAAAAGUCCCAGGCUACCACCCCAGAUUCAAAAUCGGGGAUUUUGGGGCAGGAGUCUUCAAUGCACCGGCGAAAGAGGGAGAACAUUCUAGGUUGACAGAAGAGCCAAAAGGCACAGAGACUUAUUUUGCGCCUGACAAAGAUCGCGACGGAAAGGUGUCUCGGCCUUUCGACAUGUGGGCUUUGGGCUGUGUGUACUUGGAGCUGAUGGACUGGUUGUUCCACAACUUCGAAUCGAGCGAAGGCCAACCGAGCAAGACCUUUUCAACGCAGCGAUUCGAUUGCUCGGCUGCCAGUGACAAAAACCGGAACGAUAGAUUUUGGUACAGGACCUCGACACGACAAGGGAAGGUCGAAUACAAGUUGAAGCCUGUUGUCGAGAAUAAGAUAACAGAGCUAAAGAACCAUUCGUGUCAUGAAAUGCCCGCCUUUCAAGGGGUUGUUACGGCUAUCAGCAAGCUUCUCGAGAUUGAGGCUGGUGACAGAUGGACGGCAGAAAUGCUGAAGAGCCAUAUGACUGCAGUUGUUCGAGAAGCUGAGAAGACGCUUACUGCCAGCCCCGACUUCUACUUGUCGCAGUCCGAGGCCAACGGAUUUAAACGUCCGGGGAGGGGCUCAGCCUUGCACAACGAUGGGAGAGCUGUGACUGGACCGCAAUCCGCAUCAGCAUCAGCAUCAGCACUAGCAGUGCCAAAUGGCGAUACGACGCAGGAAGGCGAGAGAACCCCUGGCACACGGCGGUCCUCUCUGUCUGCCAGGGCUGCUGAAGCCACCAUUCUCACCGGGUCGGGAACUGAUGCGAGUCCCGAAGCAAGCAGAGACCGCGACAAUCAGGACACAGAUGCACCUAAUGCCGUGACCAGCAGGAUUGUUGACCCUUUGGCACAAGAAUUGAGCGAAAUGGCCGAAUCAUCAUCAUCCUCCCCUACGCAGCCGCAAGAACCUCCUUUAGUAACAGUAAUAGCAGAAGAGAAACCUACAAGCCAGAUGUCCAAUCCGAGUCUAAUCCACGAUGCAGCUCUCGGCCAAAACUAUCCAGAGGCGGUAGCUUGA